AUGGCAAAAAUCCUGGGCGGCACGGUGGCAAGACCAUAUUCGUGGCCCUGGCAGGUGGAGCUCUGCAUGAAAAAAUGCAACUUACGAUGCGGUGGAACCAUAAUAGACAGCGAAUGGGUGAUGAGUGCUGGUCACUGUGUACGUGACCAUGAAGACAUUCCGGGCACUUUUGGCGUCAAGCUAGGAACCUACGACUAUAGAGACGAUGAUGAAGAUGGUGAACAGUUGAGAGACGUGGUCGAGAUCCACGUUCAUCCUCAAUUUGGACGGCCACACCCGUUCUCUUAUGAUAUCAGCCUUUUGAGGGGAGACUCAGGUGGUCCUCUGGUCAUGAAACAUAAUGAGUCAAAUCGGUGGUAUCAGGCAGGAAUUGUGAGCUGGGGACAAGGAUGUGGUGAAGCGGGACACGCAGGUACGAAAUCUCCCAUGAUGUAUUCGAGGGGAGCAUCGCUGAGUUUCAUGCAACUCCUA